AUGAGCACUGAAGAAAAACCAUCCAUCUCGAGUCAGCCCACACCACCUUCAUCCAGGUUGAGUCUCCCCUCCAGGAAAUCCAGUUUCCUGACCAUCGUCAAGGCCCAGGUCGCCGUCCUCCUCUCGACUCUUUCCGAGAACACUUACACCCGAAGCGUCACUGAAAUCCACUCGCUAAUCGAGUACAACGGCAAAGGCGUUUAUCUCCACUUUAUCAGACGUAUUGUCCAGGCCUGGCAGACAGGACAGGGAUCACCCAACAGCGACUACAUCGGCUCGCCCAUCCACAGGCUUCUUAUUGACCAACUCCAGGUCCUCACAAGGACCCAAACCUCCGCCGCACUCUUCUCCGAAGCCGUCAGUUCGACCGAAAAGAGCGAGGCCCUCAAAUCCUUUGACUUUGAACUCUUCGUCCGCGACUCGACCCUCAAGCCCAUCGAAAAGACCCGUCUUGCCCUUGCUCUCCUGCAAUCCCCCAAGCCAGAUCUCGUCUCUCAAGCGGAACGUGUCAUCCAAGCGACUACGCCUUCUCUCAAGGAACAACUCUCCUCCCCCGAUCUUUUGCUCGAGUUUGUGCAAUCCCUCGACGCCUCCGUUUACAAGUUCUGGAACGAACCCAAGGACACUGUCACACAACUCAUCCAUACCCUCUACAACAACAACAUCCCCAUCAACAUCACCGCCACUAUCAAAGAGAUUUGCGAUAUGAACGACAGCUCCGAAUCAGCAGCUCUGGCCAAGGCUAUGCGCGAGGCAGGUCCCUCGUGCUGCAAGAACGCCUCAACUGUGAAUGAGGUGCUCAGCCAAGCAGGAUACGACAACUCCAGGACACCUAGCGAGCAGGACAUUGCGCGCAUUCUCGGCAUGAUGGUCUCAAGACAGUCAAAGGCUAACCCUGACAACGCGUGGGACUUCAAGACGUUUGCAACAGUGCUCAAUAAGAACCCCGUUGACUGGGUCAAGGUCAUCCAUGCUCUGGACUACCCCGGCUUCAAGGUCUCUGAUGUUUCGGGACUGGAGUUUAUCAUCACCGCAUUCAGAAAUGCCGACAAGAGCGGACGCGUUUUCCCCCUGGAGGCUUUCUGGGGACAAUGGAACAACGUUGAAGGACAGAUUUCUGUGUUGAAGGAGCUUAUUGCCACACCUGCCAAGCUCCUUGAGCAGGAAUGGGCGUCAUCCACCCGCACCUUCACCAGAGACCAAUUUGCUCAAUCCAAUCCCAUUGUUCGCGCACAUGCCUCGGUCGAGCUGGAGUCCAGCGUCUGGAACUGUAUCCCACUUGUCGAGACUGUGAUGGCAUUGGCCGACAACGAGGUUCACGAGGAUGUCAAGCCUAUUCUUGAUGCUGGUCUGAAGUCAAACACCGAGCUUUUGUUUUUGGGUCUUGUACAGCUCAAGUCUCCAUGGAGUUCUUUGCACCAGGAUGUCGUCUCCAAGCUUUUGCACGUGUACCUGACAGGAACAGGCGCCGUCCCUCAAUUUGUUCAGACCGGCCUUUGGCAGAUGAACCAGGGUUUGUUCGUCUCUGGCCUUCUCGAUCUCUACGACCACGACCGCUCCUCGCUCGUCAAAAUUCUACGCAUCUGUGAGGACCUUUCAAUUUUGAGCAAGGUUCUCGAGGUCAAGUCGUAUGUUUUUGCAAUCGAUCUGGCAGUGUUGGCGUCGAGCCGCAACCUUCUUGCAUUAGACAAGUGGCUCCAGAACCGGAUUGCUACGGGACAGGAUAUCUUUGUCAGAACAUGCUUAGAUUACCUCAGCGAGAGGGCUGUUGGCAACACCCACCAAGGAAAGCCUCUCCCUGUUGAAACUGUCGCCGUCUUCUUGCAAGUUCUUCUUGGAAGCUCGAUUUCGCCUGAGAACUCGGGUGUGUUGAAGAGCGUUCAUAACACAUACCUUCAGCUUCACCCUCAGCUCGCCAACAUCACACCAACUGUCGAUGGAGGAGCCACAGGAGCGGAGACAUCAUUCUCUGCUGAAGUCGAAGAGACUACCAACGACUACUACAAGCGCAUUUACCGCGGUGAUAUUUCGAUUCCAGAGAUUGUCGACCUUUUGCAACAGUUCAAGAACUCGAUCAACCCACGGGAGCAGGAUAUCUAUGCCUGCAUGAUCCACAACUUGUUUGACGAAUAUCGCUUCUUUUCCACCUACCGCGAGAAGGAGCUCUCGAUCACGAGUGACCUGUUUGGAGCAUUGAUUCAGCACCAGCUAGUCUCGUACAUUCCUCUCGGCAUUGCCCUUCGUUACGUCCUCGAUGCCAUCCGCAGCCCGCCAGGUUCCAAGAUGUUCAACUUUGGUGCCCAGGCCCUGAGCCGAUUCCAGUCGCGUCUACAAGAAUGGCCGACCUACUGUUCGCAUCUUUUGCAGAUCCCACACCUAGCGCAGGUCCACCCAGAGAUCGUGCGUUAUAUCCACCAGAUGAUCCCCUCGGCCUCUGCAGCUGCUCAGGAUGGUUCUAACCCCUCGGCUGACCUGACCUCGGCUGCCCCUCCUCAGCAAUCCGCUCCCCAGGAGGCUCAGCGUCAGAUCGCCCAACAGCCGGCGCCCACCUCAGCAACGUCACCUCAGCCAACAGCGCCUCCAGUUUUCACUUCGCUGAAUGUGGAUACGUUGAUUGUUGGACGCGAUGACAUUGAGUAUGAAGUCCCCAACGAGCAGACGCAGGACAAGAUUCUCUUCAUUGUCAACAACGUGUCUCAGACCAACAUCGACACAAAGCUGACCGAGAUGAAGGAGCUCCUCCGCGAGAGUGCUUACCGUUGGUUCAGUAACUACAUCGUUGUCAAGCGUGCCAGUAUCGAGCCCAACUACCACGUCCUGUACCUGCAGUUCUUGGACGGGCUCCAGAGCCCUUUGCUCUACCGUCACAUCCUCCACGAGACAUACGCCAACAUCAAGAUCCUGAUCAACUCUGAAAAGACCGUCCAGUCGUCCUCUGACCGCACUCUCUUGAAGAACCUUGGAUCCUGGCUUGGAGGCAUGACCCUUGCCCGCAACCGUCCCAUCAAGCACAAGAACCUCGCCUUCAAGGAACUGCUGAUCGAGGGCUACGACAGCAACAGGCUGAUUGUCGCCAUUCCAUUUGUGUGUAAGGUCUUGGAGCAGUGCAACAAGAGCAAGGUAUUCAAGCCUCCAAACCCGUGGCUGGUCGCCAUUAUGCGCCUCCUUGUCGAGCUUUACCAGUUUGCCGACCUGAAGCUCCAUCUCAAAUUUGAGAUUGAGGUUCUUUGCAACAGCUUAACCUUGGACCUCAAGGAGAUUGAGCCGACCAGCAUUCUCAAAGACCGACCUCCACAGGAACUUGUCGCCCACCCUGCGACAUUGACGCAGGACUUUGAGCGCCUCUCAAUGGGCGGCUAUGCCCCUUCGGCUCGCAUGCCUGUCCAGGCCACAACCCCCACAGCUGCAGCCACUGCCCAGCAGGAGGCUACGAUGGAGAUGGUUCCCAACCUCAACGCCUUUGUCACUUUCAACCCUCCCGCCUUCUUCAACGAGAGGCCUGCUCUUAAGCGUCUUGUCCACAUUGCUAUCGAGCGUGCCGUCCGCGAGAUUGUCACCCCCGUUGUCGAUCGCUCGGUAACCAUUGCCGGAAUUUCAACUCGUGAGAUGAUCAUCAAGGAUUUCGCUAUGGAGCCCAACGAGGAGAAGAUGCGCAAGGCCGCCCAUUUGAUGGUCCAGAACUUGGCCGGAAGCCUCGCUCUUGUCACCUGCAAGGAACCCCUCCGUGUCAGCAUGGCCAACAUUAUCCGCACGCUCUUCCUCCAGAACGGCUUCACGGACCAGAACAUGCCCGAGCAGUCGAUUUUGAUGACUGUCAACGACAACUUGGAUCUCGCCUGCUCAGUGAUCGAGAAGGCCGCCAUGGAGAAGGCCAUCCCCGAGAUCGAGGAGAGCCUCGCCAACGCCUUCAACACUCGCAAGAAGCACCGCGAGCGCACUGGACAGCCCUACUAUGACAUGGCGACUUACCAGUCGUCUCGUUACCCUGCCAGCCUUCCCGAGCCCUUGCGUCUCAAGCCUACUGGUCUCUCUCCUCAGCAGUUGCGUGUCUACGAGGACUUUGCCCGUAUGCCUCGCCAGGCUAUCAUGCCCUCUACCUUUGAGGCUGAUCGCAACGUGCGCACUCCCCUCAACGUCAAGGCCGAUGCUGGCCAAGGAUACCCUUUCAACACCAACGAGCACGGCUACGGCAGCGCGCCCAUCCCUCUUUCGGCCCACCAGGCCUUGGAGAAGUUUGUGCAGAUUGUCAGCGAGCUGGACAAACUGAUCAGUCUCUCGCCCUCGAUGCCCUUGGCAGCAUUGCCCCCCAACCACGAGGUCAAGAUGUUGGCUCGCCUCGUUCCUUUGAUUCCCGCGCAGUCCUUCAACCCCGACGAGAUGGCCCUUACUUUCUCGCAAAAGAUUGUCCAGCUCCUGUACAAGACGGAGCAGGUCCUCUCGCGCGAUGUCUACGCUGUCUUAUUGGAACAGCUUUGCGCCCUUUCCAGCAAGGUAGCCAAGGAGGUCACUGAGUGGCUCAUCUAUGCCGAUGAUGAGCGUAAGUUUAACGUCCCUGUCACCGUCACCUUGAUCAGGGCUGGAUUGGUGUCGCUGGUCGACCAGGACAUCCAGUUAGCACGCUUGAUCGAGAUUGGACGCCCCGGUGUCGUCGAGUACACGAUCAAGUUGAUCCGUGAGUGUGUCUUGAGCGAGCAGCCCUGCGCCAGCCGCAACGAGUUUAUCAACUCGCUCAACGUCCUUAACCGCCUGACCCAGCGUGGUGGCAAGGCUGUUGAACCGAUUGUCCUCUUGAUUGAGGAUAUCCGUCGUCGUGGUCAGGCCCCUCGCGAGGCAGCCAAGGACGUCGAUAACUCGGUCUUGCGGGAACAGCUCGCAUUUAUCUUUGCCGAGUGGAUUCGCGUAUACCAGCUUCCUACUUCAAACGACAAGGACUAUGGUGCCUUCAUCAACUCUAUCCAGCAGCAGGGAGUGUUGAAGGGCGAGGAGAUCUCGUCGUUGUUCUUCCGUGUCUGUACUGAGAUGAGUGUCGAGAGCUACAUCAAGUACAAGGUCACCAACACAGCAGCAGCCUACCAGGGCGUCGAUGCCUUUGUCAAGCUGAUUGUGACCCUUGUCAAGCACUACUCCGAUCCUCAAGGCGUCAACCACAGCGGCGCCAAGGUCACCUACUUGACCACCCUCUUGUCGAUCAUUGUCCUCGUUCUCGCCCAGGCCCACGAGCAGCGUCGUGGCCAGUUCAACCAGAAGCCAUUCCUCCGUCUCUUCUCCGGUCUCUUAACCGAGAUGAUGACCUCUUACGAGUCCAGCCCUGCCAUGUACUUCCAGAUCCUCACCGCCUUCAGCAACACGUUCCAUACGUUGCAGCCAUUGGUGUUCCCCGGAUUCACAUAUGGAUGGUUGUCGCUGAUUUCGCACAGGGCAUUCAUGCCCAAGCUCUUGUUGGCAGAGAACGGCAAGGGAUGGGCUUCGUUCCAGAAGCUCCUUGUGUGCCUUCUUCGAUUCUUGAUCCCCUUCCUGGUCGGAGGCGAAAUGCGCGAUACCACCCGGGAGCUCUACAAGGGCACUUUGCGUGUUCUUUUGGUUUUGUUGCACGACUUCCCCGAGUUCCUCUGCGACUACCACUUCAGCUUCUGUGAUGUUAUCCCUCACUCUUGCAUCCAACUCCGCAACUUGAUCCUGAGCGCCUUCCCCAGAAACAUGCGUUUGCCUGAUCCCUUCACCCCCAACUUGAAGGUUGACCUGUUGACAGAGAUUCACCAGCCACCCAGAGUCCUCUCGGAUUAUACCUCCAGCUUGACUGUCACCCUGAAGAGAGACGUCGACACCUACCUCAGAACCCGUGAGCAGGCUCCCUUCCUGGAGGGCUUGCGUGACAUUCUUGCCAUGGACCCCUCCAGCCAGGACUUGUACUCUGGCGGAUCCAAGUACAAUGUGCCCAUGAUCAACUCUUUGGUGCUUUAUGUGGGAGUAAAUGGCAUCGCUCAGCUCCAUGCCACUUCGAGAACCAACAGCGACGCAUCGGCACCUGCCAGCGGCGCAAUCGAGAACAGCACUGAGAACGGAACCGCUCAGGAGGAUUCGAGUGCCGUGUCCUCGCCCCAGGGUACCUCGUCGUCGCCUAUUGCCCAGACCGCACCCAUGGAUAUCUUCCAGAGAUUGCUGAUGGAGCUGGAUUCCGAGGGUCGCUACCUCUUCCUGAGCGCGAUCGCCAACCAGUUGAGAUACCCCAACUCGCACACGCACUACUUCAGUCGUGUUCUCCUUUACCUCUUCUUCGAGGCCAGCCAGGAGACCAUCAAGGAGCAAAUCACUCGUGUGCUGCUGGAGCGUCUGAUUGUGAACAGGCCUCAUCCUUGGGGACUUUUGAUCACUUUUAUUGAGCUGAUCAAGAACCCUCGGUAUGCGUUCUGGGACCACGCCUUCACUCGCAUCGAUCCAGAUAUCGAGAAGUUGUUUGACUCUGUUUCUCGCUCUGUCAAACGAUCCGCCUAA